AUUACUCAAACCAAUCUUGAUGAGCCAAGAGACGCAAGAGUUAUUAAAUCAAUUUUAAAGACAAUGGGUGUGCAAGCUCAUGACCCUAGAGUUGUCAAUCAGCUUUUAGAAUUUAUGUAUAAAUAUGUUUUUGAAGUUUUACAAGACUCGAUUGUUUAUAGCGAACACUCUGGAAAAACAGAUAUCGAUGUUUCGGAUGUUAGACUUUCAAUUCAAUCAAGAGUAAACUAUCAAAUUACAACACCACCACCAAGAGAACUACUAUCAUCAAUUGCAGACGAAAAGAAUAAAACACCAUUACCACAAAUUCCAAAUAGAUUUGGUGUAUUUUUACCAGCAGACGAAUAUUGUCUAACUAGUCCAAACUAUCAAGUUAAUCCACCAAAACCUGCACCACAACCU